GGGAAAAUGUGCUCUUGUUCAGUACUGCAAGCGACACGUAAACUAAAGACUUGCUUGGUAUUGUCUUUUGUGCAACUUUUCUUGCGCCGAGCAAUGUUUGUCCACGCCUUGGAGGUAUCCGGUUUGAUUGACUUAAAUGCGCCGCCAACAACAAAUGAAGGUAAUAACGCUACUGCGGCUGCGUUAGUAAGUAAUAACGGCAGAAGGCCGUUUCGCUUGAUCAUCUAUGACCCCCGCACGGGUCAAGAAGCCACGGUCUUCGAAUAUAUGCGUCCCACUUUCGGCAAUACGGUUGAUCUGACACGCCUAUGGCAGCCUUGUUGGUGCACAUUUUUCACAUGUCAAUGCUGUUUGGGCCUCAAAAUGGGCGAGUGGCUUAAUAAUAACUUUUGCUUCGACACAAAUUACAGCCCCGCAGCAAUGGCAAUUAAUCUCGGCAUCAGCUUCAAUGAGCGCUACAACCUCAGCAGCAGUAUACCGGUUAAUGCGCCGCCCACUGCGUGCAUACCGUUAAUAACGCCAUUACCAAUCUAUAUUUGCCUUCGUGUGGACAGUGUGCGCACCGUAAGUGGCAAUGCGACGCUGUGCACGACACUCUUAUUUCGCCUCAUGCAAAACGAUCUUAUGCAGUUCUUGUUCGGGUGCGUGCGCUUCGGUAGGGAUGGUUUCUUUUUCAAUCGGUUUAUAGCGUUUUCGCCAGAGGGUAACGGCAAUCGGCUUUCCGAUGUUGAAAUGGCUGCUAACGGUAUAAAAUACAAUGCACUAACCUGA